CCGGUACGUAUCUGAUCACCUCAUCGCCUGUGGAAUCUCUAGCUGUUCUCUGCUGGACUUCUAUUGUUAUGGCAUCUAUACUCAGAUCGAAACCGGUUUUCCUAAUUUUUUUCAUACAAUUAUGUCUCUCUCUCCUCACUCCAGCUCUUACGAUUUCGUCCGGGUCUGGCGAUGGUUACACCAUCAAUGGUCGAGUGAAGAUUGCAGGUGUGGGUGUAAAAGGAUUUGGUUUUCCUGGAAAACUAUCCAAUGUCAAAGUUAUACUUAAUGGCGGCCAAAGCAUCACUUUUCUGAGGCCUGAUGGAUAUUUUUCAUUCUAUAACGUGCCAGCAGGGACUCAUUUAAUUGAAGUGGCUGCAAUAGGCUAUUUCUUUUCUCCAGUCCGAGUUGAUGUUAGCGCCAGAUUCCCUGGUCAGGUUCAGGCAGCAUUGACAGAGAACAGAAGGGGCCUGAGUGAGUUGGUGUUAGAGCCAUUGAGAGACGAACAGUAUUAUGAGAUUAGGGAACCCUUCUCCAUAAUGUCUGUUGUCAAAAGCCCAAUGGGUCUUAUGGUGGGAUUUAUGUUGGUGGUUAUGUUCCUAAUGCCCAAAUUAAUGGAGAACAUGGAUCCUGAGGAAAUGAGGCGAGCACAAGAAGAAAUGAGGCAACAAGGGGUUCCCUCCCUAGCAAGCUUAUUGCCAGGAGCACAGAGAUAAAUUCAAAUUGGGCUCAUCCACUCCAUCUGAGAAGCUUAAAAAUUCUGGAGCAUUGUGAUCGAGAGCUGUCAUUGGUGCUCAGUGGAUCAUAUGUGCACACAAUUAUCAAUUCUCUCUUAUCAUACAUGACAAUUUACUUAGUCUGGAAGGUUGUAAUGUUCGUGUUUAACUUACACGGAGACUUCUACCAUUAUGUUUGUUUAUGAUUUUGAAGAUCCUGUCCCAAAUUUUGUAUUCUUAGUAUUUAUUUUCUUUGCUGGAAGAGCAGUUAAAGUACCCAACACUCCUAAUAAUGCCUGUCUAGUUGUGAACAGAAAAAUUAUUGAUUAUUCUUUGUAUCCUGAAUUUAGGUCAUAAAUGGGAUCUAGAAUAUUUUACAUUAAA